ACCAUGCACGUCGAAACGAAACCCGAGACCACCACCACACCCCUCCCAGACCAAGAACCUUCACAAUCCCCAACACCCCCAACACACCCGGACACCGCUCCCGAUGGCGGCUACGGCUGGAUCGUCACAGCCUCAAUGGCAAUCAUAUACGGGCACUCCUGGGGCAUCAGCGCAGCCUACUCCGUCUUCCUAGCCCACUACAUCAAAGCAGACAUCUUCCCCGGCACGAGCGCUCUAGUAUACGCCGCCAUCGGUUCCCUGUCCAUAGGCGUUACCCCCGUCAUAUCACCGCUGGCCACAAUCAUGGCGCGCGAGAUGGGCACCAGACCGACGAUGCUUCUAGGCGCCGUAUUGCAGUCUGCCAGCCUCGUGUGCGUAAGCUUCUCGACUAGCAUAUGGCAUCUGUUUCUUUCGCAGGGGUUGCUCUUCGGCAUUGGUAUGCAUUCGUAUGGUAUCGUAGCGCAAUGGUUCACCGCUCGCCGCGCAUUAGCCAACGGCGUAGCCAUCGCAGGUGCGGGACUAGGCGGAUUGACGUACUCGCUUGCCGUGGGCGCCAUGAUGGACAGUAUGGGGCUCCUCUGGGCCUACCGCGUUCUCGCCAUCGUCUCUGGAGUGGCGAACGUCGUGUCAACACUCCUAAUCCGAACCCGGUAUGGAGAGACGCGGGCAAAGAGGCUGGCGCUCGACGUCUCCCUCUUCAAGAAAGUGGAGUAUCUUCUGGUUCUCGGAUUUGGCGCGUUUAGCAUGCUGGGGUACUUCAUUCUUACUUUCACGUUGGCAAACUACGCAAACGUCAUCGGGUUGGACCCGUCUCAAGCUUCCCAAGUCUCGGCGGUCUUCAUGCUCGGUCAGGCUGUUGGGCGUCCCGCCAUCGGAUGGCUCAGCGAUCGAUUCGGACGCAUCAAUGUCACGUUCUUAAUGACGUUGGUGACGGGGAUACUCUCCCUCGCGUUCUGGAUUAAUGCAACUUCGUUUGGGGCGUUGAUUGCGUUUGCGCUCGUCGUAGGCCUCCCGUCGGGUGUGUUCUGGGCCAAUGCGGCGCCCGUGAUAGCUGAGGUUCUGGGUGCGGAGAAUCUGGCGUCGGGGCUGAGUCUGUUAUGGUUGAUGAUGGUUCUUGGGGCUCAGGUGUUUACGGGGUUGAUGUUUAUUGCUGCUGCGGUUUGUGUCUUUGUUCUACGCAAGCAUCAGAUCAAACUUAGGAAGAAGGCUGGAGAAUCUUCUAAUGAUUCUUCGGAAGAAAAGAGAACCGACACGCAAGCCUUCAGGAGAGGGCAGGGGUCUAUGGGACUAUCUAGUUGGGUAGUGGUGUAAUUCUGAUGGAGGUUUCACACAUCGUAUUAGUUGUUUCGAUGGAAGUUUUCGGCAAGUUCAAUACUUUGCUUAC